AUGGCCCCAGUUGGCCCACCGGACGCUGCGCUGCGCGUGUGGUCACAUCUUGAACUAACCACCGGAACGCCGGUUACAAUCUUGCAAGACCACAACCCCCCAAAACUCAAGGUUCUGUCCGAGAAACGCCAAGUGCAAUGCAAAGAGAAACAUACUCAGCCUAUCAAGGCUUUGACUUUCUACAUUCUCCUCGGCGCCAUGAAGCCAGAGUUGCGGGAAACCUGGACUCCCGCCAUAAAUGUGCUAACAUGGUUCAUGCUGGUGACUGCCAUUCUGAGCGUCUUCACUCGACUUGGCACCAAGUACUGGAUCUUUCGCAAAUUAACAGUCGACGAUGGCCUUAGUAUUGGUUCUCUAGUGACUUGUGUCGGGCAGUCAAUUGCGGUAUCCAUGGCUACUGAGGGUGGACUUGGGCAGCAUUUUGUCCCAUUAGCUGUAUCCGAUGUGGAAAAUAUGAUGAAGUCUCAAUAUGCCGCAAAUAUCCUCUUUGUCGCCAGCAUGUGCUGUUCCAAACUCGCCCUGAUGAUGUUUAUCCGCAACUUGACGCCUGCGUCUCUCGACCGCUGGUUUGCUCUUGGGCUGGGAAUAUUUAUCACUAUGUGGGCGGUUACAGGAAUCUUCACGGCAUCCUUUCAAUGCCAGGUUCCGGCCACUUGGGAUUACUUAUACGGGGAAUGUUUUGAUUUGGUGGUUUGGUGGAACUACCUUGGAGUCACCAACAUCGUAUCGGAGGCAGGGAUUAUUGUCCAGGCGCUGCUGGUCAUUAUUCGGGUUCAAGCAAAUAUCCACAAGAAGGUCGUUCUAGCCAGUGUUUUUCUAUUCCGGGUCGUCGUGACAAUUGCCAUUAUUUGCCAACUCGCCUACGCCGAGGAGGCGAAAGGGUCAGGAGAUCCAACAUGGGAUACAUGGACCGUGACCAUUUCCACACAGAUGACCCAGAGUCUCAGCAUUAUCACCGCCUGCUCUCCCCAGUUCAAGCCAUUCCUCGAUAGUCUCCGGUCAUCAGGGAUGAGCCUCGGAGGAACGAGCUAUGGGAGCCAACAGAGGACAUAUGCUGGGACUUCCUAUAAAAUUUCUCGGGGCCAGCGUACCGGAGAGACUCCAAGCGAGACACACGAGUUGGUUACAAUGCCGGAGGAAGCCGUCAACCGGACCUUCGUCACUUCUUCACCAGACUGUGACGCAGAAAGCCAGACGAGCCAGUCGCAAAUUAUUCGCGAAAUCCGAACAUGGACCGUAACGGAAACUCAACGGGUCUAG